AUGUUCACCCUUCCUCCUUUCCUUGAUCACCACAAAUGCGCCUUGUCUCCUAUAGACGAUAAUGGACGUGACUACGUACUAUUGGGUGAUCGCGAGAUCGAUAUAGACCCAGGAUUCCGAAUCUACUUAGUCAGCAAGUUACCAAACCCUAAGUUUUCGGCAAAUCUUUUCAGCCGAGCCGCUGUAAUUAACUAUACAGUUACAUUGAUUGGCCUUGAGGGCCAACUUCUCAGCACCUUAGUCAAGCAGGAACAACGCGAAUUAGAGGAGCGCAGAGAGCUCCUAAUAAUUGAGUCAAGGUUUGUUUAUUUUGUUACUUUUCCUUUAUAG